AUGUCUGAAUGGCAGCCUGGGUCGUUGAACGACGAGAGCAGUACAAGAACACAUGCAGGGACUGGCGCCAGCGACAUUCUAGCGCACACGAGUCUGAAUACCCUUGUGUGGCAAGAUGCGCAGAUAGACCACGAUCAUUACUCUGGCUUUGAAAUGUGUCUCGAUGACCGAUCGUGGCUGGCAAGUAUCGAUGUCAGCAUGGAUCCAGUCGUCCCCGACCUUUUUUCAUCACCAUACGAUGUAUAUGCGACGGAAAGUGCCACAGUUUUGUCCGAUAGGACAAUGAACGACCAUCAUCCAAACCACAUGAACCCCGCCCCAGUGCCCUUCCAACCCGGUCUUGUACCGAUGCAAACCACGCCAUCUUCCAAUAUCGCAACCGCACCUGCCACACAGGAUCUCUUCCGUCCCUGCUACGCCGAAGAGAUCCCGCACGCAGACUCCGGACCAAAGAAAAUUCGCAGCCCGACAAGUGCAACACCCGAUCCCGAAGAUGCUGUUACAAAAGUCGGCUUUCUACUCAACAAUGGCAGGUUGAUGUGCGCCAUUGAGGGAUGCGAGCAGCGGACCUUCGCUCGUCCGGCCGAACUUAGACGACACCAUACCACCCUCCACGCCACCCAUAAACCGGACUUCUGGUGCCCGGUUUCAACGUGUCGUCGUAGUGUGGCUGGAAGUCGCGAGGCAUUUCAUCGGAAGGAUAAGUUGGCAGCUCAUGUGCUGAGCAUGCAUGCUGCACGCGGUUUGGAGCUGUUCUGGGGUAAAAAGAGUAAGGUCGAGUAA